AUGCUGUUUUUAUUCAAGGAGAACAUCAUUGUAUUCAACACAACACGUGGUGGCAACUGGAUGCAUGAGGAAAGAACCACCAUGUCUUUCCACACUGAAAGAGUCUACACUCUGGAAUUCGUAUCGAAUCAUGGUCGCAUUCAGGUUCUCCUCAAUGGAUCUGUUCUUCACGAAUUUGCUGAACGUCUACCAAGCUCCCACAUUAACUCUGUUGAGAUUGCUGGAGAUGUACAUGUUCAUUCAGUUCAAUUCUUCUGA